AUGCGUGGUUCACGCACACAGCCGCAGGCAGGCGGCUUCAUGGCAAGCGCACCGCCACGCAGAGGCGGAAGACGCGGCUUCUCCAACAACAGCAACAACCACGGACGCCAGGGACGCAACAAUGGCAACAGCAACGGCAACAGCAACGGCAAAGGGCGCCGCUUCCGUGGCAACUGUCACUACUGUGGCAAGUAUGGACACCGUGCAGCAGAGUGUCGCAAGAAGCAACGCGACAACGGAGCAACAGGCUUCACUGCACAGGCACAGCAUCAACAUGGUCAAAACGCAGCAACCUUCGUCGCUGCCACAGCUACUACACCCACGCAGCUGCAUGACCCACUCACGUGGCUUGCAGACACGGGUGCUUCACACCACCUCACCUUCGUCAAGGACGCCUUCGUGGAGCUGACACCGCACCUGCAACAGCAUCAUCCACGCCACAUCACUGCGUUUGGCGGCACACGUGUGCCCGUGCGCGGUGUUGGCUCUGUGCUGUUGCAUGCACGCACGACGAGCGGAGCCACGAUGCAGAUUGUGUUGCAGGAGUGCCUCUACGUGCCCGAGGGCCAGGCCAACCUCAUCGCCCUCGGUCGUCUGACCAGGGACAGCAGCGGCAGGCCAACGGGCCACUCGCAGCGUGAUGGCGCUGAUGGGCACUACGUGCGCUUCAGCCACGGAGCCGAGGUCAAGCUGAAGGAGCGCAGCAGCCUCCGGUGCUGGCCCAUUGUUGCUGUUGGUCCAUCCACGGCACACGGUCUCACCGCCGAUGCCUGCAAGCAACCACAGCAACCCGCAGCAGCUCCUGCAGCCCAGAGCAAGCUGUACAUGGAGCUGCCGCCCGCACCUCCCCGCCAUCGGCGGCGGGCGCUCAAAGGUUACGCGGGCAAGGUGUCCGGCUGCUCAAGCCGCUCUACGGCCUCAAGCAAAGCUGGCCGUGCUUGGGCCAAGAAGCUGCACACCUUCCUCAAGACCAACGGAUGGGCGCAAAGAACGUCCGACGCUUGCCUCUUCACCAAGCUCCACGACGACGGACAGCGCACAUGGAUCAUCACGUACGUCGACGACCUCAUCAUCAGCGGCAGCAGCGAGCGCCACAUCCGUGCCUGCAAGCAGCAGAUCAAGGAGAGCUUCGAGGAAGAGGACCUGGGCCCGCUCACCUGGUACCUGGGCCUUCACCUGACGUCACCAGCUGACGGGGUGUUGCACAUUGCGCAGACACAGGCCAUCAACGACAUCGUCAACGACUACAACCUGGCAGCCGCAGCCAGCGUGUCCACGCCCAUGCGUGUUGGCAUCGACGCCUCCAGCAUCAGCGAGCAGCCCGACCGACGCCUGCCUUUCCGCAACCUCGUCGGCUCGCUCCUGUACCUGGCCAACCGCACGAGACCAGACCACCAGCUGCACCAGCUCGACUUCAAGUCGGCUUACCUGCAGGCUGAUCUCAAGGAGGAGCUGUACAUGAAGCUGCCGCCGCACUUCACCGACAUCGGCGACGGCGCUCAACGCUACGCGGGCAAGGUGUGCCGGCUGCUCAAGCCGCUCUACGGCCUCAAGCAAGCUGGCCGUGCAUGGGCCAAGAAGCUGCACACCUUCCUCAAGACCAACGGAUGGGCGCAAAGCAACGUCGACGCUUGCCUCUUCACCAAGCUCCACGACGACGGACAGCGCACAUGGAUCAUCACGUACGUCGACGACCUCAUCAUCAGCGGCAGCAGCGAGCGCCACAUCCGUGCCUGCAAGCAGCAGAUCAAGGAGAGCUUCGAGGCAGAGGACCUGGGCCCGCUCACCUGGUACCUGGGCCUUCACCUGACGUCACCAGCUGACGGGGUGUUGCACAUUGCGCAGACACAGGCCAUCAACGACAUCGUCAACGACUACAACCUGGCAGCCGCAGCCAGCGUGUCCACGCCCAUGCGUGUUGGCAUCGACGCCUCCAGCAUCAGCGAGCAGCCCGACCGACGCCUGCCUUUCCGCAACCUCGUCGGCUCGCUCCUGUACCUGGCCAACCGCACGAGACCAGACGUCAGCUUCGCUAUGUCUGACCCGUCGGACCACGUCGUUUCCACGCCAGGAUUCAAGAUGGACCUGCCCAAGUUCUCUGGCUCGCCCGGCACCUUUCAUGCGUGGAGCAUUCGCAUGAAGAUGGCGCUCAAGCUCCGCGGCGACGACGUCUGGGCAGCUGUGGAGGCAGGAGCAUCGUCAUCAGGAGGUCCAAGCUCAGCGACACGCUCAAGUGCAAGGAGACCGACAGCAGGAGAUCACGCCAACCUCACCGCUGCAAACCUCAUCGCGUCCACGCUCUCAGGCUACCCCCUUCUCCUCUUCACCAACGGAGAAGCAGACGUCAACGCCGGCCAAGGAUGGGCCCGGCUCAAGGACCACUACGCUUCGCAGGACCGCCUCCGCAUCGCAGAGCUCAAGGAGGCGCAGCUUCACCUGCAUGACCCACUCACGUGGCUUGCAGACACGGGUGCUUCACACCACCUCACCUUCGUCAAGGACGCCUUCGUGGAGCUGACACCGCACCUGCAACAGCAUCAUCCACGCCACAUCACUGCGUUUGGCGGCACACGUGUGCCCGUGCGCGGUGUUGGCUCUGUGCUGUUGCAUGCACGCACGACGAGCGGAGCCACGAUGCAGAUUGUGUUGCAGGAGUGCCUCUACGUGCCCGAGGGCCAGGCCAACCUCAUCGCCCUCGGUCGUCUGACCAGGGACAGCAGCGGCAGGCCAACGGGCCACUCGCAGCGUGAUGGCGCUGAUGGGCACUACGUGCGCUUCAGCCACGGAGCCGAGGUCAAGCUGAAGGAGCGCAGCAGCCUCCGGUGCUGGCCCAUUGUUGCUGUUGGUCCAUCCACGGCACACGGUCUCACCGCCGAUGCCUGCAAGCAACCACAGCAACCCGCAGCAGCUCCUGCAGCCCAGAGCAAGGUGCAGACACCAUCGAUGCAUGAGGUGCUUGGCCACCGCAACGACAACGACGUGCAGCAGUACUGCAAGCUGAUGGGCAUCGACGAUCGCAACGCCAUCAGCAGCAAGCAGUGCGCAACGUGUGCAGUGACCAAGAGCACUCGUCACAGCGUCAGCAAGCACGCGGAGCGCACACAGGUGCCCGGCGAGCGCAUCCACGCCGACAUCGUCGACUGGACCGCGGACUCACCCACGGGCAAGCGCUACAGCCUCGUCAUCGUCGAUGAGGGCAGCAAGCUCCUGCAUGCAGUCCAUCUCAAUGCCAAGAAGGACGCAGUUGCCGCGUUCCAGUCUUUCCUGCGCGAGACCAAGCUCCCCAUCUCGCCCACAACAACAGCACUCCAGACGGAUUCCGAUGCCAUCUUCCUCGGAGCUGACUUCCAGGCCAUCGUCAAGAAGCACCUGAAGCAGCACCAGCAGUCCCCGCCGUACACCCAGGCGCAGAACGGCAUCGUCGAGCGACAGGUGCGCACCCUCUCCGACAUGCUGCUCAUGGACCUCGACGAGCCCGAGGCUGGAGCCACCAAGAUGCUGACAGAUAACCAGGCGGCCAUCGCCAUCGGCAACGACCACGUCACCAAGCCGCGCACGAAGCACAUCCGGGUACGCCACCACUUCGUGCGGGAGCUCAUCGCCGACGGAACCAUUGUGCUGCAGCACUGUCCCGGCACACGGAUGGUUGCCGACGCGCUGACCAAGGCACUGGACAAGCAGACCUUCGAGCAGCACCUUCCACGACUGGUGGGAACAGCGACGGCUGAGACGGAGCAGAGGAAGGCAGUUGAGGGGGAGAGUUGA